AUCGACCUUUGAUUUGCUGAAUGACAAAGCGUUCAAAUUAGAUAUUCUGUAUUUGAUAUUAAUGAUAGAGAUACUGACUCAAGGAAAUUUAGAGAAAACAACAGCGGACAAAAAAGGAGAGAAAGAAAUAUAAUGUCUUACAGCAAGGAUGCUUUAAGUUCCAAAAAUGUCUCCACUGACCAGACUACAGGUCAGUUAAUUCAAGAACACAUCAUUUUUCCUGAUGGAGGAAGCAGUUAUACAUGUGAAGUGUGUUGUAAAGAAAUGACGAGUAAAGCAAAGUUGGAGGAACAUAUCAUAACGCAUACUUCAAUGUUAGAGGAACAUACGAGAACCCAUGCUGCAAGGUUAGAGGAACAUAUGACAGAAUCAGAGGAACGUAUGACAACAUACACUGCAAGAUUAGAGGAACAUAUGAGAACACAAAAUGCAGAGGUUGAGGAAUACAUGUAUAUGAGAACAUAUAAUGCAGAAUCAGAGGAGCAUAUGACAACCCAUACUUUAGAAUCAGAGGAACAUAUAAGAACAUAUACUACAGAGUUAGAAGAACACAUGACAACACAUAAUGCAGAGAUUGAGGAACAUAUGAGAACAUAUAAUGCAGAGUUAGAGGAACAGAUCAGAGCAUAUGCAGUGGAGUUAGAGGAAAAUAUGAGAACAGAUACUGAGAAGUUAGAGGAACAAAUGAGAACACAUACUGAAAGGUUAGAGGAAUUUAUGAGAACACAUACUGGAAAUAAGCAUCAUGAAUUCGAUAUGACUGAUAAAGAAUUUAGUCAGAAAGGGCACUUGCAGACACAAAUAAACCAACACAAGGGUGAUAGACCAUUUAAAUGUGAUGUGUGUUCUAAAACGUUUGGUCAAAAUGUGAAUUUACAGGCACACUUAAGUAUACACACUGGUGAUAAACCAUAUGAAUGUAGUGUAUGUGGAAAAGAUUUCAGUCGUAUUUCGAACUUGCAAAGACACAUGAGAGUACAUACCUCUGAUAAACCUUAUAAAUGUGAUGUAUGUAGUAAAGGGUUUAGUACGAAUCAGAACUUACAGACUCACAUAAAAAUACACACUGAUGUUAAACCAUAUACAUGUGAUAUAUGUGGUACAGGGUAUAAUAGCGACCAGAGCUUGCAUAAACACAUGAAAACACAUACAGGUGAUAAACGUCACAAAUGUGAAAUAUGUGGACUAGGGUUUAGUAACAGUUCACACUUAAAGAGACACUUUAGAACACAUUCUGGUUAUAAACCUUAUGAAUGUGGUGUAUGCGAUAAAAGGUUCAAUCAAAUUCCAAACUUGAAGAGACAUAUCAGAACACACACUGGUGAUAAACCUUUUAACUGUGAGAUCUGUGGUAAUAGAUUUAGUCACAAGAACAGCUUACAGAUACACAUGAGAACACAUAGUAUGAUACUGGUGUUUGAACAAAAAGAUUCGACAGUCGCAGCUACAAACGUACAGAAUUCCCAGCAUGCCCAGUAAGAUAUUUAGUCAAAGACCCCAGUGACAGCAUGUAAUUAUAUAAGGAAUGGUAUAUAUGUACGUGUAUGUGUGGUGAAGUAGUGUGUUACUGUGCUUAGCUAGAAACAUGAUCAUUUUAAUGGUACUGUUUUACUGAAAACUGUAAUGUAUGUACAUGGUGGGUUUCUGAUAAAGUCCUCCACUUACAUUGAUACAAGAAAAAUAAACUCCACAUUCCUUAUACACCUUUCUUGGAAAUAAUUCAGUCAGAUAAGUCAUUUUUUUAAAUUCUAGUGACAAGUGUAUAUACACAGUUAAACCUUAUAAAUGUGGUACAUGUGCUAAAGUGUUCAAAAUGGUUGAGUGAAAAAAACUGUAAAUGAUAAAACACAUACUGGACUUGAAGCUUAUAACUAUAAUGAACAAUGAUGAACAUGGUUAAAGAUUAAGUGAGGACAGUCAUGUCAGUACCUCCAUGGAUAUAUCGAAACACACCAGAAAUAAAGUUCAUAUAUGUGAUGUACAUGGUAAACAACAGCAUGAACAGUGUCUGAACACAUGAUACACAUUAGAACACAUGCUGUAAAUAAUUUAUGAAUGGGAUGAACAUAGUUAACAUGGUUAAAGGGUUAAGUGACGACAGUGCCUGCCAUGGACAAUUAAGAACACAUACCAGGAAUAUAGUUCAUAUAAUUUGAUUAACAUACAUGACAGAAUCAUGAUAAUGAAGAGUUGAGUGACAACAGUGUUUGUCUUGUACACAAUUCACAUUCCAUUAGAACACAUACAAAACAUGAAAAAUCAUAUAUGUGAUGAACAAAGUAGAAUACAUACAGGAAAUAAGGUUUGUUGUUGUGAUGAACAUCAGUGUAUCCCAAACUCUGUCUGACUGACAAAAUGUCAUACAAAAAAUCAUUCAGUCAGACAGAACUUUUAAGAAAUUUAUUUUUAGGUCAGACAAAUCCCUAAAACAGUUUUGCACAGACUACAAACCUGGGAAGGGGUUGUGUCACAACAGUGUUUGUCUUAAACACAUUAGAACACAUACCAAAAAAUAAAGUUUAUUAUUAUGAUGAACGUGGGAAAGGGUUGUGUCUUAAACACAUUAGAACACAUGAUGGAAAUAAGGUUUAUUGUUGUGAUAAACAAGGGAUAGGUUGUGUCACAACAGUGUUUGUCUUAAACACAUUAGAACAAAUUCCAAAAAAUAAAGUUUAUUAUUGUGAUGAACGUGGGAAAGGGUUGUGUCACAACAGUGUCUGUCUUAAACACAUUAGAACACAUGCUGGAAAUAAGGUUAAUUCUUGUGAUGAUCAUUGGAAAGGUUGUAUAUCUUCAACAUUUUAUAACACAUUUCAGAAAUGAAUUUCAUUUAUGUAAAAA